GGUUGGCUCUCGGCGCGUCCUUUUGUACCCGAUCGCGCGCUCGUCCACUCGCCGGCCGUUCUACGAACUCCUCUCUGGGCCUUCUCGUCCUCUUUCGACCAGGACUGUCUGUGUUCGCGCGUGCGUGUGGUCCGGGUGCCUCCGCCACCGGCCGCGGUGCCCGCGAUAAAAACGGAGCAGCUCCGAUCGAGCCAAUCCGGACGGACCGUCGAGUGUGACAUUGUGUCCCAAAGGGGUUCCAGGAGCCCCGUUCAGGAUCAAUCGGUUCUGCUCGGUAACCCAUCGGUGGCCGCCACCUAGCUCUCGCGACACACCGGUCCCCCUCGGUGUUCCUCCUCGAAGAGUCAAAGGAUACUGUGUGCAACCAGCGAGAAAAAGAGGGAGGGAGAGAGAGAGAGUGAAAGAGUCACCCGCGGAGACUUCGACGACCGGUACGAGGAUGUCGCGGACCGAGGACCACCCUGACUGUCGUUGUCACCGUGCACCGGUGACGACGAUCCUCGCGGCGAUCCCGCGGUGAGAUCGCGACCUCGCGUGUGCGUGUUCCCUUCCGGGAUUUGUGGUGCGUGACUGUCCCCGUCUGUUAACCAGGGAAAACCGAACCGGAAAAGUGUUCGCCAGUGUGGUACGGUGAAGGUGCGCUUUUAUCGCUCGGAUUAAGGAUUGCUCGGCAGCCGCGGUGUUACGAAGCCGGAUGUUCGCGCAUCCGCAACGAGAACCAGGAAUACACGAGGAUAGUGACACCGGUUGUUCCGCGGCUCCGUUCCGUUCCGUUCAGCGAUGCUCCCGCGGAUGACAGCGGGACGGCCGAUGCCAGGUGAACCGAGGAACGCGUGAUUACCCGGUGAACGAAGGGGGAAAAGCCGAUUCGUCGAGCGGUGCGAUAGUAACAGCCCGAUAGUAACGCGCGUGCGCAUGUUGCUACGCUUCGCACGACGCCCGUGGGAAGCUGUACGAAUCACGGAUUUAUGCACGCCGGAAAUCACAGCAUGGAGGACAUUGUGACGGUAGCUAGCACGAGCACGCCAAGCACCAACACCGUUCAUCCCAACGUUAACGACAUGGACUGGUUCGCCGGCGUAGCCGAGGAGGAAUUGCUGUAUUACACGGGCGUCGGUAACGACGUCGAUUCCCUUUGGGCUGUGAUAGGAAGCUUUGUGCCGCCGCCUCCUAGACCACCUUAUUUACCGGAGGAGGGUGUCACCACCGACGGACUCACCACCUGUGAUUUGUGCUCGUGGGCGUGGAGGAACGACAGGCAUUCCUUUUCCCUCGACGGCACUCUCGAAGCACCUGGAGAGCUGGGCUGGGUGCUCACGCUCGUGAUAGUGUCCCUGGUGUCGGCUGGCAUCGGCGCUGUGGUCAUGGUGACGCUUCUACACUGUCGGAGGAUGAAGAGCGCUGGUGGCAGAGGCUGCUGCGGCGUUGGCGUCGAGGACACGAACGGCCAGGAUGCUGGCGGCGCGGGGGGAGGAGCCGGGGCUGGUGGCGGUGUGGCUGUCAUACCCGAUCGACCACCUCUGGAAUUGGACAAGCUGCCGCCUUAUCACGACGUCGCGCCUAGUCCUGGGCACAAUGUGUGGUCGUGGCUGGGCUCGCGACGAGGCGGCGGUACGCCAGGAGUCGUCACGACGCCUCUGUCGCUUCCGCAGCACAGACGGGCGAUGAAUCUCCCCGUGGAGAACCACUACACCCACAUGCAAACGGACGAGGCUCUCUACGCAGAACUGGACUCUCAGGCCGCGAGCUACGCGAGCGAUCUCCAGCUACAAAUGAGAGGAAGCUCGACGUACGGUACAACUUCCGGCGGGCAGGACGACGAGUACCACGAGCUGGACGCCGCGAGGUUACAUCGUCAUUACGGCGGAGGCAACGAGGACGGAUCGUUGCAGAGGGACACGCUACGCACGCGGCACAGUAAAAGGUUACAAGAACCGGAUUACGAGAUGUACGAGAACGGGCCGUCGACGCCGGUGCCGCCUGGCCAGCUGCAGCAUCAUCACCAUCACCAUCAUCUCCACAACCAUCAUCACCACCACCAGGAGCUGAGGAUCGGGAGCAGGAACGGCGAGCACCCGUCCUACCAAAACACCGCGUACACCGGAAGCGACGCGGAACCGGACGGGCCGACGCUGAGCAGCGCGCCGAGCAGCGCUUACUACAGCGAUCUCAGCUCGAACUCGGCGAACCAGCAGAUGCCGGCCGCGGCGUCCACCAACACCGGCACGAACCUCCACGUGAGCCAGCAGGGCCUCGAGACGCCGCAGUACAGACUGGCCGCGAUAAACGAGAGUUCGGUGCCCUCGGACUAUAUCUAGGCGACCUUGAACUCUCUCCGUUCGAGUUCGUUGUUCCUCCCUUCGACGAAACUGGAGAACCGGAGACGGUGAAAAAAAUAUCUGGGAAGAACCACUAAAGUGUCUCUCUGUUACCUCGCGGCGAUGAGAAGUCUCGGCGUCGAAGGCCGAAGACGACUGGACCAUACGGAAUCGUUCCGACUUCGACGGUUCUAGCGCGAAACCUUAGACCGUAUAUAUACUACUCUGGACACGGCGCGUGUACAGUGCGCGCACAGAAAAGCCAAGAGUUCACCGAUGCGAAGACCACUCCGCAAAGAUAGUUCACUGUGACGCGGCAAGAUGAUCGUUCAAAACGGCUGACGCGGCAUCGGGCUUCAAGCUCGAACCUCGGAUGCUGUUCGAUGCUAUCUACACGCAUUCGCCAUCGAUCUUCGUGUCGUGCGGACUUAAUUUUGAACAUCUUUUUAGAACGGUGACGGUGCGCGCGCGCGUUGUCCCAAAGGCUGCGGAGAGAAUGAAAAUAGCGGUGGGAACGCAACUUUCCACCAGUAAGUAUUUCUCGUUCACUCUUCGUUUGGGUAUUAAUUGAGCGUAAUAUUUCAUAUUUGAUCGAUCGAACUUGCUUUCUAAGAGCUAAACAUUUUCGCGCGUCCGUCGAUGUAGAAUAUUAAAACAGAUCAGCGAGUUUGGAACAUCGGCGCGUCACUCUUUCGAUGUCGCAGAUACGUCAUACUGGUUUAGCUUGUACAGGAUGGGACACGGGAACCGAGUCGUUUUAGAAUGAUUAUAAAACUUUUAGAUUAUGCUGUAUAGAAGAUAUUUAUUGGUAACAAAAUCUUCGCAAGUGCAUAGCAUUUCACUGUUAUUCGCGUCUGGAAAAUUCGUUCUGGCAUGACUAUUUCCGUUGAUCGAUUUCCGCGUAAGAUUGUGACGCGCGGGGGAAUAGAGUCAUUUCGAUGAACAAUUAAAUCGUUAUUUUUUAUCGAAACAAUCGUACGCGAAUAUCCGAUGUUCUAGCGUCCACGGCUGCGUGAUGGUGACUGACAGUGAAAUGCUGUGAGCCAAGGAAUGCAAAAAUGUGCCAAAAAUUUUUGUCCACAAAAUGUCUCGCAAUCUAGAAGUGGGAGGUUCUCGUGGUAAUUUCAAGCAACUUUUUCCUCAGCGAAAAUGCAAUCCGGGGCUUCGUUUACGAGUUAUUAACGAAAAAUACUGGCCAAUGGGAGGUCGCGUACGACUGGGCCAUCGCCACUGCAUCGGACGGCCGGCGCGACGCGGCGUCGGCCACGAGAGCGGAGCGCCGGCCGCGCUCGCUCUCCGAUUGGUCC